CACGUUUUUACGACAUCGAUUCUUCGAAGCUCCCAGUUGGGAUUUGGACCUUCCUCCCAAACCCCCAACUGCCUCCUUCCCUCUCCCCUUCGUCAACACCUCCCCCUUUCCCCUUUUUCUCUUCGGAAUCCGGCACAAUGGUCAACUUCAAGUGGUCUUACAUCGCCCUGCUCGCUCUCCGCGUUGCGACGGCCUUUGCCCAGGACGAUGCCGACGCCCAAUCCGGCACGUCGGCGAAAGUCGACCAGCCCGACCUCAAGGCCGAUAUCGAGACGACCUUCCCCGAUGCCGACAUCUUCGGCGUCAAGAUCGUCAACGGCCGGAUCACCAAAGCGCUGAUCGAGAUUACCAACCACGAGGAGACGCCAAUUGACGUCGCCUUCGUUGGUGGAAUGCUCAAGACCACCAAGCCCUUGCCCGAUGACGCUCCCGCGUCCGCCGCCAUUCUUCGAAACCUGACGGCCGUCCGGUACGACGUCUCCAUCCCGGCCGGCGCGAAGCACCAGCUUCCCUUCCAGUUCGUCCUCGACAUGAUGCCCCAGGACGUCAUUGUGGAGCUCGUCGCCAUCAUCUCCAACGCGGCCACGAGCCAGAUCUUCCAGGUCCAGGCCCACAGCGGUCCCGCCAGCAUCGUCGACCCCCCGACUAGCAUCUUCGACCCUCAAAUCAUCUUCCUCUACCUCUUCCUCACCGGCGUCUUCGGCGCGACGCUCUACUUCGUCUACAAGACUUGGAUUGAGGCGCUCUUCCCGCACGCGGGCCGCUCCAAGGGCGGCCACAAGAAGGGCCGCAAGGCGGCUUCGGCCGCCGAGGCCGAGCCGCUGUCGGGCUCCGAGUCGGCCGGCGCCGCCAGCGGCGCCGACAGCAAGGGCUACGACGAGAGCUGGAUCCCCGACCACCACCUCAACCGCCCCGUGGCGCGGCGCAGGGCGAAAUAGAUGCAUACCCCCUUGCGAAGCCCGAGGUCUCGCGCAUACAUCUUACCUGGUUUUCCUGGGAAAAGAAAGAGGUCGGGGAAGAGAACGGGGCGAGGUGGGCGAGGGAUGCGAGGGAUGGUGCAAAGGUUGUGUGGACUGGGCGAGUCGGCGGGUGUAGGAUGGGAAGCGCUCGUGAAGGACGGGGAGAAAAGCAAAAGGGCGCACAAUCCGCCUGCUUGUGCUAUUUCGCUGAUUGUGUUAAUGAUCCGCAUUGCCAUCUCGCUUUUUGUCCGUGUACUACGGUUGGGCAAGGAUAAAAAAACGGGAACGGGAGGGUGUCGAUCAACCAGCGAAUUUGAGGCGUCCCUGUUUUCUCUUCGUGUUGUUCUUCCAUCUUUGGGGGACACGGUAGCAUGACUGAGAAGGUUUACAAGGGACGGAGGCGGCGAGAUGCGCUUGGAUUCAUGUCACCAAAUUGGAUCAUACACUGCACUGCCUGUAUGAUAUUGUACAUACCAGACUGUGGCAGGUUGGGAAGAUGUGAGCCUAUUACAUCGA